AUGCCCCCCCACUUUAGCGCCAGCGCAGGAACUCAAGCUCUCACCGAGACUUACGAGCGGAUCUUCAAUAGCAUCCAACUCACCAUCGCCUUUGAUAUCAAUGAGAUUUUGUUGAUGUCGCCGGAAUGGGCUUUCGCAAGAACCACGGCAGAGGGCACAAAGACCAUGCUGCAGACCCAAACUUCAGAAGCCCAUUCUAACCAAGAGCUGUUCAUUCUGAAGAAGGAGGAUGGGACCUGGAAGAUUGCACGAUAUGCUUUUUCGACAAUGAAACCGCUUAUACAAGAUGGAAUUCGACGUAGCUAA